AUGCGCGCGGCCCGGAGCAAGUCGGCUUCGCUGGCCUCGCUCAACGGCGCCAAGGACCGCCCCAGUAUCGGUGUGCCCGCCGCACCACAGAAGCACGUCCAGGAGGCUCGCGCAGCGCUGUCCGCGGCGCGUACCACGCUCGGCGUCAUCGCCAACCCACAGGCUACCGGCGUUGUCCUCACCCGCGUCAACUCUUGCUCGGCCGCACACCGCGCCGGCCUUCGCAAGGGCGACGUUAUCAAGUACGUCGACAUCUUCCCGCGCGACGACGAGGACGCAGUCCUCGACCGCAUCAUUUCGCACGACCCGCUCGAGCUCCUCAACUCGUCCAUCCAUAUCGGGCCGGAGCCCGAGUCAGUCUCAAUUGCCGUCCGCUCGCACUCAGACUUGCGCAACCUUCUCGACAUCACCUUCCCAGGCGAGCACCAGCGGUUCCACAUCAUUCGCUACGCCGAGGACGUGGUCGUUGACGUUGUCUUUGGCGCCAAGGGUAUGACUAUGCAAAAGGUGGCCGACUACCGCUCUGCCGCCGGUGACCGCUGGGUUCAUGCCAUGGAGGCCAAGAAGAAGCCCGUCGACUACGCCACGCUCUUCACACGCGCCGCAUACACAGCAGAGCGCGAGGAGAUGCACACAUCGUCGUCUGACUCACGCGAGCUCAUUCGCUCGCUCUCGGGCUCCAUUCAGCCACUCGCCACUGACUCGCUCGCCAGGAACUCUGCCGCCGCGGACGUCGCCCAGCAUGCGCUCGGCGGCGAGCUCUUUGCCGAGGCCCGCUCUCUCGGCGAGCUUUCCCACUCGAUUGCCGCCUCGAUGCUCACCGACGCCUCACUCACUUGCCUCCUCGACGAGCUCCUUGUCCGCGAUCUCAACUCGCUCGGCUUCAAGCCUUACGUCUCUCGGCUGUCAGCCCGUGGUGCCGAGCGGCGUGCUCGCUUCAUCAUCGGCGGCAUCCCAGUCCACCUCCGGGUCUCGCCUACCCGUCACCGCAUGCUCGAUGUCGCCGAAAUUGACGCCCAGAUCUCGACCGGCCGCGCCGCCUCGCCCACCCGUCCGCCCUCAGUCCUCGAGACCCGCACCGCCUUCCGCGCCCCCUCCGGCGUCCACACCUCGGGCCUUGACGACACGCUACCCUGGAAGACGUGGGCAGAUUUUGUUGCCGACCACAUGGCCGAGUUUAUCACCGACUCAACCCUCUGCACAGGCUGCGGCCGCGUCUUCCCGCCAAACUCAGAGGUGCUCAUGGUGUGCGGCCUCCCGUACCAUGUGCCAUGCGCCCGCUGUCUCGAGUGCCAGCGCCCGCUGCAGGAGACCGGCGUCGUCCCGCCGCCACCGUUCCCGGCGGCCCACCCAGAUGCCGCUGGCGACGAGGUCGUCCGUCCCGACCCGGGAGCCCUUUUUGCACCUGCCGUCCGCUCGCGCCUCGCCACCACCGCUCCAUCGCGCGCUCAUGCUCACGGUCGGUCUGUCGGCCUCUACUGCCCCUCGGACUGGUUCUUCAAGUUUGGCACAAAGUGCGCUCGCUGCGCCGUCACUGUGACGGACUCGCAGCAUGUCGUUGCCCUCCGCCGCCUCUGGCACGCUGAAUGCUGGAAGUGCACCGCUUGCGACGUCGCUUUUACCCGCGAUGCCCGCGUCGCCGCCCACUCGGCCCAACCUGCCCGUCCACGGCCAGACCUGUCGCGGAGUCUUCUUCCCGUCCACGUCUCACCGACCAUCUCUGGCCUCGGGCCGUGCCUCGGCCUGCGAGCGCCCGACGCUCCGGCUCAUGCCUGGCCGCUACUUCCAUUCUGCGAAGACUGCUCAGACGCCCUCGCGUGCGCUGCCUGCAACGGCGUCGCAUCGCCCACCGGCGGCCCAGACCCGCUCCUCACCGUCACCUUGCUCGACUCUCUUCCCACCACUUCGCCACUUCGGAACUCAAACUCGGACGAAGAGGCCCCGCCCGUCGCUGGUCCGGGCCCGGUCUCGUCCAAGCUCCAUGCCUCGUGCUUCAUGGCACUCGUCGAGGAAAUCGACAGCGGCGAGCGUCCGCAGUGUGUCGCCUGCGGCCAGCCGUGCCUCGACGGCAUCGACGCCCUCGGCGGCCUCUUCCAUCGCAAGUGUUUUACCUGCGCCAACUGCAAGCUCCCGGUCGACUUUGACGAAUGCUUUGUCUUUCGCGGGGUGCCGUACUGCUCGCGGCGCCUGUGCAAGGCCACCGUCCCUACCUCCAUCUACUCGAUGCCAGCGCCGAUCGUCCGCAACCGCCCCUCCUACUCGUACUCGACCACGCCGUCUUCGUAUCUCUCCUACUCGUCCGAUGGAGACGGCGGCAACGAGCACGACCCACGCUCGCAGACGAAUGCGAACCAGCCGCAUGCCUCGGACUACUCGGACUUCUACUCGUACUCGAACGACUAUUCGAACGCCGUCGUCUACGUCAAGCCACAACUCGCCGACUAUCACCAGAAUCGCGGCCGCGCCGGCUUUUUCUCCUCGUUUGUAUCCUUUGAGUGGGGCACAGACCUUGCGCGCACCCGAUCGCGGCCCAUGCUUGCCCGCACGCCGAGCAGGCGCUAG